CAGUACUAUGUAGACUGGAUCAUAUGGAAGUUAUAACAAACAUCUAGUUACCUAUUUGUUAAAGACCUAGCUGCCCUAAACCUAAGCUAAAUCUCACUUAAACACCCCUAUCGCCUGCCCUAUCGCUCUAUCGCGGCUGUACCUUAACCACUAACCCGCUAGCCGCUAACAACUGCCUACUGCCUACCGCCCUUGAAUAUUAUUGACUUCGUUAAACACCACGGUUAAAUCUGCUCUGCGGUAAAAACAUAUCGAAAUGGCAGAGACUAUUGAUGAACCCACCCAGCUCUCAUUUCCCCUGCCGCGGUCUUUGGAUACGAGGAUUCACCUGCGCUUGACCAUCAAGUCAAAAGUCAUCAUGCUGUUUCUCACAACUGUAGCUGCAGAUGAGGAAGACCAAGCAGCGCCAAUGGGAUCCUUCGUCUACGCUUUGCCCGAUAAAUAUAAUCCAAGCCAGCCACUUUCAACAACCAUCUUCGCUGUAGAAGCAACGCUAGAGUUUACUACUCGCCUGGCCAAAAUCCUAGUCAAGAAGACACAAAUGCCAGUGUAUGUGGGCAAUUCCAUUAGCUUUGCCAACACCGGACUAGGAGGCACGGUAGAGGAGGAAAUGGAAGCUCUGAAAAGAGUCGUUGAAAUUUCGCUUGAUAAACUCCAAGGCGUCGUCGUCAAAUCGCCUGACGUCCUACCAAACGGAACGGGUAGUUCUUAGAAAUGCUGUUCGCAUUGUAUAGCAACUGCCCCUAAGAGCAGAUACAUAUUUUUCUGUGCAGAACCUUAACCUAUAACUACGGCAUUUCAAAAGACGAAAUCAGAUAUGCGGACUGCUUGUAAAGCUAUCCAGGGUCUACCAGCAUACGAGCUCUCAGAAACCGAUAACUUAUACUAAGUAAUCCGUUGGAGGGUUACCCGAGCAUUGAGUGUCACAUCGAUCAAUAGACUAUAGAUUCACAUCAUGCUCUCUAAGUGCGUAUGGAUGACGAGAAUGUAUCUAAGGUAUGAGUUACUAUGUGAGGCUGUUCUAUGAGGACGUUGAGCUCUAUGAAAGUAGCAAUAUGAUGACUUUCAAUCAAGCCUUGAUAAUUUUGAUAGAUUGUCUACUCGGUAUCUCUGCUAUGAUGAGUAUCUUUGUCUAUCCUAAAACUAGUCAAGUCUUACACUUAUUUACGUCUUCAUUUGGCUUUAACAUUUACUAUAAAGCCAAAUCCAGGAGCGUUGCCUCAUCCUCGCUCUACUGGGUUAUUUUAGA